AUGGACGGAUUCGACGCACACCAAGCUCCUCCCGAGUAUCAGGCUGUCAUGCCUCUUGCCGAUUUAUUCCUCCUCGGGGUUACAAUUGGUUGGGUGACUAAUUAUGCCUUGAUGGUCUACACGUCGUUCAAGGAAGGCACCUAUGCAAUGUCUAUCAUGCCGCUUUGUUGCAACUUUGCAUGGGAGAUUGUAUAUGGCCUGAUUUAUCCCUCCAAAAAUCAACUUGAGCGGGGAUUGAUCGUUUUGGAGUUAUUCAUCAAUUUUGGCAUUAUAUAUGCUGCAAUUAGCUUCUCGCCCCAAGAAUGGAGCCACGCGCCACUGGUCGAGCAUAAUCUCCAUUGGAUUUUUGGCAUCGGAAUCAUCGGCUUCCUCACUGGGCACCUCGCCCUCGCAGCUGAAAUUGGCCCUGCAUUGGCGUAUUCCUGGAGUGCAAUUUUUGCCCAGCUUUUGCUGAGUGUUGGUGGUAUCUGUCAGCUUCUCUGUCGUGGAAGUAGCCGUGGUGCUUCCUACACUCUAUGGCUUUCUCGCUUCUUGGGCUCGUGUUGCGUGGUUGGGUUCGCAGUUCUGCGUUGGAUGUAUUGGCCGGAAUCAUUUGCAUGGCUCAAUAGUCCCCUCGUGCUGUGGAGUGUGGCUGCUUUCCUAAUCCUUGAUAGCUCUUAUGGGCUAUGUUAUUGGCAUAUUAAGCGGUACGAAGAGAGCCUUCGUGCAGGACGGACAAACAAGGUCAAAUGA